ACAUGUAUCAAUUCAAGAUAAUUUUUGCUGUUUUACUAACUCUUUGUAUAAUCGAGUUCUCCCUGUCGCAGACCAACUAUUGUAAGGCUAAUUUGUGUAAAAAGGGAAAACAUAUUGCCUGCAACAAUAAUGGAAAAUUUGCUGGUGCCUGUGCAAAAAAUGCCAAAAUUAUACGUAUAACCCCUAAAUUACAAAGAAAAAUUGUCCAAAAACAUAAUUCUUUGAGAAAUCGUGUGGCUAGCGGUAAAGUUAAUGGUUUGAAGGGAGCCGUUCGUAUGGCUACGAUACGUUGGAGUCCCGAAUUAGCUAGACUGGCUGUAUAUAAUGUCAAACAAUGUAAAAUGUCACAUGACAAAUGUCGCAAUACCGACAAGUUUAGUUUUGCUGGACAAAAUAUAGCGAAAAGUUCUUGGAGUGGCCAGAAGAAACCUGUUGGUGCCGUAUUAAUACAACAGAUUCAAUCUUGGUUUUCAGAGCAUAAAAAGUGUUCUAUGAGUGAUAUUAGGAAGUUGAAAAAUAUUUCCAAAUCUGGUCACUUUACCGCUAUGGUUCAGGAGAAAAACAUGGCUGUGGGUUGUGCCAUCUUACGUCAAAGAUCGAAUGGUCAAACUAUGCAGUUAAUGACCUGUAAUUAUUCUUAUACGAAUAUUCUAGGUUCAGCCGUUUAUAGGCAUGGACGUACGGCCUCGAAAUGCACUACUGGUCGCAAUCCUAAUUUUAAGUCGUUAUGUUCUGUCAAUGAGAAUUACAAUCUUAAAAGUGACAAAUAUUAAUGUUUAAAUAAAAACAAAAAUGUGACAAAUGUCCG